GCUCAGGGAGUGUACACGGUGGAGCUCCGGUGUGUCUUACCAGGCACUGAGACUAUUAUCGACUACCCUCCCGGCUCGACUGCGAGCAAACGGCAGUGCUUCCGUCUCGCCGGCGUUGGGUACGAUGUACUCGGUCUUCAUCCUGAGAGCUGUCUAGCGGCCGAUCUGGUGCGGCGUAUAGCUGGACGAUGGAAGGACAGUUCCUGGGACGAGCAAGUGGCGCUCAAGGCGGAAGAGGCUGCUGCUAUGAAUGUCGCCUCCCAGGUCUUGGCAACUCGGUCACAGCCCUGUCAGCACUCG